AUGUCUUUUAAUACUCUGCAAGAACUACCUACAAAUUUGAAUAAAAUUAUUUCAGAUCAAAUUGAUUUGGAAAUAAUGCUAAAGCAUAAGGAACUUCAGUUAGUUCACAAUGAAUCACAACAUGCUAAGUCACAACUCCAAGUACUCGAGAAAGUAAUUAAUUCGCCGUCUCCAGAACCGGUCCAACAACUACUGUCCCAACCACAGAACUUUCCCACUUCCUUCUCCUUCUCCUCCUCCUCCUUCUCCUCCUCCUCCUCCUCCUCCUCCUCUGCUUAUUAUCAUCAUCAUCAGCAGCAGCAGCAUCCACAAAGGGGACAACUUUCAAUUCCAAAUUCAUCACUGCAUUACCGCACUAGAUCAGCUACUUCAGGGUGUUUAUAUCAGAGAUCAGACGGUGUAGUUGUGAGGAUCACUUGUCCUGAUUGUCAUCGGAGUAAUUUUUUAUCAAUACAAGGAUUUUUGAAUCAUUGUCGGAUAGCUCAUGCUAAGGAUUAUAUGAGUCAGGAAGCGGCGGCGUUGAAGUGUGGUGAGGCUGUAGAUAUGGAUGAGUUUGGUGGCGGGUACUUGUUUCUGGGGAACCUGGAGAAUUCCAGUGGCAAUGAUGGUGGUGGGGGUGUAAGUGUGGAGACGAUGGAGGCAAAAAAAGGGGGAGGGGAACAGGAAAUUGUAGACAAUAGUGAUUUAAGGAAAACCAAGGUGGAAAAAAGCGAUAUCGAUAAAGGGCAAGAGGAAUUGUUGAAAAAACUAGUCAAAGAGGGGAAAAUGACAAAGGAGAAGUUUGAUGCUUUGAUAAUGGAGACGAAAUCACCUGUAAAGAAUGCGCAUUUAUUUGAUGACGAAGAGGAAGAAGAAGAAGAAGAAGAAGAAGAAGAAGAAGAAGAAGAAGAAGAAGCGAUGGAGAGAGGAGGAGGAGGAAAGGGAGGAGGAAAGGGAGGAGAACCCAAUGGGAAAGCUAAGAAUAAUGGAGCGGCGAGCAAGAGUAGUGGUGUGAGGAACUUGCACGAACAAAAAAGAAGACAGUCAAGAGGUGGAAUUAAUAUAAGGAUAACUACGAAUAAAGGCGACGACAGAGUUGAAACUUCACAAACGGAGAAAAAGACGGUUGACUAUGAAAGCGAGGAGGAAGAGUUGGAGCUUGAGGAACCACUGAAUAAAAAGUUGAAGAAAUGA